GUAGGCCGAUGACUCAUGGGAGCAGCGACAUUUGACUUGUCUGUUCAGCAGUCGAGUCUGCUGCCCUGGCACCCCUUCCCAAGACAGUUUGGAAGGGCAGUAUCAAGCUCCAAACGAGAAUGGAAGCCACUGGAGGAUCGUAGCUGCACAGACAUACCAUGGCUGCUGCUUUUUAUCCUCUUCUGCAUUGGGAUGGGAUUUAUUUGUGGCUUUUCAGUAGCAACAGGUGCAGCAGCGAGACUAGUGUCAGGAUACGACAGCUAUGGAAAUAUCUGUGGGCAGAAAAAUGCAAAGUUGGAAUCAAUACCAAACAGUGGCAUGGACCACACCCAACGGAAGUAUGUAUUCUUUUUGGAUCCAUGCAAUCUGGACUUGAUAAACCGGAAGAUCAAGUCCGAAGCACUGUGUGUAGCAGCAUGUCCAAGACAAGAACUGAAAACCCUGAGUGAUGUUCAGAAGUUUGCAGAGAAAAAUGGCUCAGAACUAUGUCGCUACAACCUAAAGCCUUCUGAAUAUACAUCUUCAAAAGCUUCUCUUUGCCCCAAACUGCCAGUCCCAGCGAGUGCACCUAUUCCAUUCUUCCAUCGCUGUGCUCCUGUGAACAUUUCCUGCUAUGCCAAGUUUGCAGAGGCCCUGAUCACCUUUGUCAGUGACAAUAGUGUCUUACACAGGCUGAUUAGUGGAGUAAUGACCAGCAAAGAAAUUAUAUUGGGACUUUGCUUGUUAUCACUAGUUCUCUCCAUGAUUUUGAUGGUGAUAAUCAGGUAUAUAUCAAGAGUACUUGUGUGGAUCGUAACAAUCCUGGUCAUACUGGGUUCACUUGGUGGCACAGGUGUACUAUGGUGGCUGUAUGCAAAGCAAAGAAAGUCUCCCAAAGAAACAGUUAUUCCUGAACAGCUUCAGAUAGCUGAAGACAAUCUUCGGGCCCUCCUCAUCUAUGCCAUUUCAGCUACAGUGUUCACAGUUAUCUUGUUCCUGAUAAUGCUGUUCAUGCGCAAACGUGUUGCUCUCACUAUUGCCUUGUUCCAUGUGGCUGGCAAGGUCUUCAUUCACUUGCCACUGCUGGUCUUCCAACCCUUUUGGACUUUCUUUGCUCUUGUCCUGUUUUGGGUGUACUGGAUCAUGACACUUCUUUUUCUUGGCACUGCUGGCAGCGCCGUGAAGAACGAGCAAGGCUUCGUGGAGUUCAGGGUUUCUGGGCCCCUGCAGUACAUGUGGUGGUACCAUGUGGUAGGCCUGAUCUGGAUUAGUGAAUUCAUUCUGGCCUGUCAGCAGAUGACUGUGGCAGGAGCCGUGGUGACAUACUAUUUUACUAGGGAUAAAAGGAAUUUGCCAUUUACACCUAUUUUGGCAUCAGUAAAUCGCCUUAUUCGUUAUCACCUUGGAACUGUGGCCAAAGGAUCUUUCAUCAUCACAUUGGUCAAAAUUCCACGAAUGAUCCUUAUGUACAUGCACAGCCAGCUGAAGGGAAAGGAAAAUGCCUGUGCUCGAUGUGUGCUGAAAUCUUGCAUUUGUUGCCUUUGGUGUCUUGAAAAGUGCCUCAAUUAUUUAAAUCAGAACGCGUACACAGCCACAGCAAUCAACAGCACCAACUUCUGCACCUCGGCGAAGGAUGCCUUUGUCAUUCUCGUGGAGAAUGCUUUGCGAGUGGCUGCCAUCAACACAGUGGGGGAUUUCAUGUUAUUCCUAGGCAAGGUGCUGAUCGUCUGCUGCACGGGCUUGGCUGGGAUUAUGCUGCUCAACUACCAGCAGGAUUACACAGUGUGGGUGCUGCCUCUGAUCAUCGUCUGCCUCUUUGCUUUCCUAGUCGCUCAUUGCUUCCUGUCCAUUUAUGAAAUGGUAGUGGAUGUAUUAUUCUUGUGUUUUGCCAUUGAUACAAAGUACAAUGAUGGGAGCCCUGGCAGAGAAUUCUAUAUGGAUAAAGUACUGAUGGAGUUUGUGGAGAACAGUAGGAAAGCACUGAAAGAAGCUGGUAAGGGAGGCGCUGCUGAUGCCAGGGAGCUAAAACCCAUGGUAGGUGGCGAGGAGGAGGGGGCCUCCCUCCCAGAAUUUCACUUUCACUUCCUCUCUCUCUCUGUCUUCACUGACUGCACCUCUUCCGGAGAAGCUUUUGCUGUCUGUGUCACUCAGGACGUGCUGCUCUUUCUGUUUGUGUGUUUACCCAUCACUUGGAUGGCAGAAUUCUUGUCACAACUGAGACCACCUUCUGUACAACUAUUUUUCAGUAGCAAACAAGUCUGUUUUCAUCAACACCCACAUUUCCCACUAAAUAAGACAACCUGGUCUUCUCCAACCUCAGCUGAAUUGUGAGAAGGAUAAAUAACCUCUGGCUUCGGGAGCAAGUUCUGCUUGAACCUAGCCGACCGUUAUGGAACCCAUUGACAUUCCAAAACAAUAUAUACACAUAGCUAUGUAUUUGUGUGUGUGGGUGUGUGUAUAUAUGUAUAUGUAUGUGUGUAUAUAUAUGUAUAUGUAUAUACACACACACACAUAAUCAGCCAAAAUCAGAGAAAAGGAACAGGGAUUUAAUACCUUUUUUAUGCUUAUUUUUGUCAAACAUGUACUCCUUUCAUACGGGUGGCUUUUCCAAGGCAACUGCCGUCAUUUAAUGUUUUCAAUUGUAAUUGUCUUAAUGGAAAUGUUAAGAUUCAUAUCUGAUUAACAUUUUUAAUAACUUAGAGGAGAUUUUAACUUUAGUUAUUUAAAUUAGGUAAAAUUAUUGUACCGAAUUCUCUGUCUAAAGUUUAUUCAGGGGUGAUUUCCCUGAUGUGUGCAUAAAAUCAAGACCUUAUUUUACUAAUGCAUAAGCCCUAGUGGGACAAGACUAGGCACAUGCUUUCAGAGAAAUAAGGAAUUGCUCCAAUCACUUUUCCCCAAUCAAAGAAGCCAUGUCAUUUUACGUUGAGAAGCAUAUAAGUGGGCCCACUACGGGAAGUUUCAUGAUUGCUCGUGCAUUUGUCUGCCAACAUUAAAAAGUAACCAACUCCUCAGGUAUUUGUAGUUUACCCUAAUGCUUCUAUAAGAGAGUAGGUAAAAAGAAAAGGGUAGAUAAUCUUUCUUAUGCAAACUUUUUUCUUAUGGUUUGUCUUUCUUCCAUUUUCUACUUUAGUAGCAUCUUUCACACAUUUUGUGCCUGAUUUGAAAGGAAGCUGGAGCACCCAAUGAGUUUAGUCUUUAAGUUUCUGUAUAUUGAUUAGCGGAUUAAGCAACGUUGGGAGGGAUAAAGAAGGGAGAGAAACACGGAACACAAAGCUUUGAAAAUUCCAGUGGUUUAGGGCUAAAGAGCCAUUUAUUUCAAAUGCUUGCUAUAAAAUUGGAAAACAGACUGGCAGGUGCUCCUCUCCUUGACAAUUCAUGAAGUAUCCAGAAUUAUACAAUGUUUAGCUGAAGAAUUGGUUAAUGUUCUGAUCCUCAAGUGUUGAACACUUUCGUUUGUUUGUUUAGGGCUGGGUUAUGGGAUUUUGGGGUUUGUUUUUGUUUUUUAUUCCUGAAGCUUACCAGAUAUGAAUGGCUAAUAUUCCAUUGUUCUGCUUAUUGUAAUGGUGAAUGCUUUAAGAAAAAAGUGUAAUUUGCUAAGAAUAAUUCAUGAUCUGUUUAUGCGAUAACUCCUUUUUGUUACAAUUUUUUUAAAAAAAGGCUAUUUUUGUUAAUGUAAA